AUGGGGUCGGAAUUUGUGCCCGAAACAUCUGAAAUUGGUUCCCUGACAGCCCACUCGAAUGAGGACAGCCAAUUUGUCGGUAGUUCAAGCGGUGUCUACUUCAUCAAAACUGUCAAACGUGCGUUCAAUGAAGAUGGCCCAAAUUCAGCCGAGUCAAACUUCCCCACGGCAGAAGAAACAUUAGUAGGCGCUGAGGACUCGCCUCGUGAAAAGCGCCAGCGGACUGCAUCUGUGCGAGACACUGUUCCCGACGUUGAGUCCCCCACAGAAUGGACCUAUGAUCCCUCAUUAAUGGGGUCUAUGGGCAACCUCCCACCCCCAGAGAUCGCAAAGGAUCUGAUGAUGAUGUACUUCAAGGUUUGGCAUCCGCUAUUCCCUUUCCUGCAUGGUCCCACCUUUUUGCAGGCAAUGGAGAGGAUCUAUUCGAGCAAUCAGGGCCAGCAGACGCAAGGAUCAUGCAUUGAUCAUCGCAGCACAUGCUGGACGACCAUCUUCCAAUGCAUCUUCAAUCUUGGCAGCCUUCUAGCGCCAGAUCUGGAUCUCCCAGAUGAUUCAAAAAUUCAAUCACCCAAUAGCAUCAAUUCUCUCCUUGGGACUCUUUCAUCACGGCAUGAUAUUGUCUCGCUCCAAGCACUCCUGGCUAUACAGGUUUAUCUCGUGGCGACCAUGUCUCUUCGUCAGGCGUCAACUGUGGGUGGCUGCAUAUUGCGAUCGAUGCUUCAUGCAGGUCUGCAUCGGUGCCCUUAUCGAUACAAACAACUUUCCACCCACGACCGACAGCUGCGAAAGCGGAUCUUCUGGUGUGCCUAUGCGAUUGAUCGGUAUUUGAGUCAGGCUCUGGGAUUACCACUUGGUAUUCAAGACUCAGAUAUUGAUGUGUGCUUACCAGCUGCGCGUGAAAUGCAUUCCUCGCGGGGUCAUAUGACUCAGGCUAACGCAAUGACCCCCAGACCAGGGUCAUCCGCAGAAAGUGGUUAUGCUCAGCCUGCGCAAUUGUCGGAUCGGGAUUCGACGCCUGGCAAUAAGGGAGACCAUGGAAAAGAAAGCAUCAUGGCUAGCUAUGUGGACUCGGGAACCUUGACUGGACGGGCAUUGGAGCUCUUCCACAAGUCAAUCCUUGUACGAUCUGUCCGUCGCAGCUCAGUCUUGUUCCUAGUGACAGAUGUUCAUAAAUGGUGGAACAGCCUUCCACUUGACCUUCAGCGGAAGCCACUGGCAUCUGAGCUCCCAGAAAACUCUACCACGAUCGAUAGGGCGUUUGACUUUGGUCCGUUCUUCACAGUUCUAUAUCAGCAUCUCAUUUUGAUCAUCCACCGGCCUUCACUAUCACUGGACUCAUCGACGCCGGAGUUUUGCUCCGGUCUACAAACGUGUAUUGGUGCUUCUCGGUCCAUUCUCUCUGCGCUCAGACUGCAAGUAGACAGCAACCAGGCUCUAUUCUGGCCAGGGUUCCUGUCAGCGGCAUGGAUGUCUGGGCUGGUCUUGGCUCUGGCCUGUCAGCUCAAACAAUAUGUGUUAUCCAAGGGACUUGAGGAAAUAAAUCAAAUCUCGGAGUUUUUACACCUAAUGUCUCCACAGUGGGAGACAGCCAAACACUGUCAUAUGUCGUUAUCAGUGCUGGCCGCGAAAAUACAACAGACGCCAAACAGCACCGACUCACACAUGAAUUCACAAGCGUAUGCGAUGAGAGGAAGCCCCACACUCAUGGAGACCUUGAAUGCGCGAGAAGAGAGACGACGGAGACUGAGCGGUUUGUCGCCUUUGCCGGAGAACCAAACAUCGACUGCAGAAGGAACCUUUAAUGGCCAUGGCCACCAAUCAAUCGAGUCUAACGCCCGUGAUUCAUGGCGAGGGCAAGAUUCUAUCUGGAAUCAAUCAACCCAACUGCCAAAUAGCAACGAAUAUGGCAAUCUGGUUGAAACACCUUCAUCACUGCAGAUGAAUUUCCAACAUACCGAUACCUCUCAGUUUGAUGGUGUUUCAAAUUUUGACUUAAAUAUGGUCGAUCUGAUUCAAGGAGCCAACUUCGACACUCUCUUUGAUAUGAUAGGACAGCAGUACCCGAGCUUCUAA